UCUUCGCGCAACAUUCGACUCGUCUCGGUAAACCGUGUGCAGGCUGGCCGUAGCCUUAGCGAACCACCACUUUUAGUAUAAUGUAUAUGGCCAAGUUCCGCCUUCCAUAGCUUUUUUUUUUGCGCCGCAAUCUGCGGAACGGAAUCGUUGUUCAGAAACAUAGUGAAUAAACCAGAAAAUACAAGCGCAAUGGGUCGUUCUGCCUCGAAGGAGCAACCGACAGCGAACAAUCCGUGGGAGGCGGAAAUAGCCCGGAAGAAACGUCGCGAGCAGGCAGCCAAGCAGCGAGCCUCGGAGCUGAAGCGGGCCGAAAAGCUGCGCAAGCGAUCGGAGAAGGAAGCUGCGAAAAGAGGUCGGAACACGCGAAACACGAAGAAAAGCAGCAGCAGCAGCAGCAGCAAACGCAGGCCCAAACUGGACGAUCUCAAGGACAGUGAACCGCCACCGAUUGUACGGAAGUCGAAAGCGAAACUCGAGGAGAGUGAUUACGACUCGGAAGCAAUCCGGUGGAUGCAGAACCAGCUGGCCUUCAACAGUGAUGUGUUUGUGCUGAACCAACUGCUGCUGGGGGUGCAAUUCUGCGGCAAUUACGAAAGAGAAAUGUGGGACGCGGUGGAGCGCAACCGCCACGAAGAGAACACCCGCAGCAGCAAGUUAUCGCGUCACUGCAAGACGAUCAUACUGCCCGAUAGACUACAGGAAGCCGUCGACCAGAAGGUGAAGUUUUUGGCGAAACAUGGUCCGUUCAAAAACCAGCUCCAGUCGCUGCACACCCAGACAUGCUACGUUGUGCACGAUAACAUCGAGGUGACCAACCCGGGAGAGACCUCGGUGUAUAGCAUCCUGACGGAUGCUCCGAUCUACAAGCUGGAGGUCGAAGACAACUUGGAGGAGAAGCUGAAAAAUGCGGGAAAACGAAGGAAGAUCAACUGUCACCACGGAUAUGUCAAACUGAAGAGCAUAGAGUACAUCAAGCCCAACAAACCAUCGCCACUGGAUGUGGUCUCCGGGGAUUCCAGCGAGUACGAGCAGUCCAAGCAGCAGCGAACAAUGAAAUUGAGUAGCACCAGUGAAAGCGAUAGCUUGGACGAGGAAGACGAAAACGGCGAUGAUGAUGACGAUGACCACGAGGUGCCGAUCACCAACUUUGGGAAGUUAAAGUUCCGUGACAGCAUAGCCAUUCAGAAGCCCCGAGAUGUCGGAAAUGGUUCGAUCUAUGGACUCAGUCAAUUGUUGAUCCCGUCGACCUCUACCAGUUCGACAUCUCCACCGAGCAGCGAGUAUGACUACGCAUACAUUACCGCGAUUAACACCCACCAGCCACUGAGCGUUAUGAAAAGUAUGUGCGAUGAUCAACCUCUCAGCACAACGGUGCUACCGGAUUACUGUGUGACAACGAUAAACUCCUGCUCCGAGCUAAAUCAAGGCUACUACUCGGACGAAGAAUCCGACGCGGAUAAACUGUUGUAUCUCUGCCAGAAUGGUCUACCGAUGAAGAGUGCCCCCACUGAGUACGUCACCGAGCAACGCCAGUACCUGAAUUCCAAGGGAUUCUUGGCGUAUUUCAUCAACCUGUUUCAAGACACGCUCGCCCGCGAGCUGGGGAUCGAACAGGACGCACUGGAAGCGGCAACCUGGAAGGGUGCUGUCAUCUACAGUGGUCGAUGGGAAAUUAUCCCCACCAUUUCCUGCCCUUGGCCGCGGGAAGCCAUCGAAUGGGUCCAAAGGAAGCGAGAGGUCAAAAUUAAUCCUCUGACCAAACAGAAAUACCAAUGGCCGACAGCGCCCAUGAUUCAGAAGGUUAAAUCCUUCGGUUGCCAUCUAAUUCCCACGGGAUACGCUCCAAAAACCGGCAACAAUCGCUUCCGUCAGUUGGAGUGGAAGAUCGUGUUCCCGGAAGCCGAACGGUACCUCGAGAGUUGCCUCAGCAACACCCAAGCCAAGAUAUACAUGAUCACCAAGCUGCUGUUCAAAACGUUCGUUGAUCCCGCGCUGACGGCCAAUAUGAACAUGUUUGGGAAUGAGCAUCUGCGGGCACAUUUGUUCUGGCAGUGCGAAAGUAACUACGCCGCCUGGCCAGAGGACUACCUCGGGGAGGCCUUGGUUCGAUUCCUGAACGGUCUGCUGGAUAGGAUCAAAACGCACACGCUGCCCGAUUACUUUCUCCCCAGUCGGAACCUGUUCGAAAACAUUCCCGAGCGGGUGCUGGUGGAGCUGCACAAACGAAUCUUCCGGAUAACCGAAAACCCGGUGAUGCACAUGCUGAUCGCGCUGCGGAAUUUGAAACUUCCGAGCGAGCAGGCGGUAUUCUAUCCGAAGAUCCGGAUCAAGCGGCUGUACUCGGUGCUGAUCAUCGACAAUCCGCUGAAGAUCGUCAACCCAAUGUUUCGGGAUGACAACGAGAACCUGGCCGCGGAGGAUUCAGAGGAAGACGAAGAGAACAGGAAAGAGGUGGCGGUGGGUUCGAUCGCGUAUUUCAACGCCCAGGAGGUGGAGUCGCGGAAGCAACGCACACGGAUAGUGCGCUUCAUGGAGGCGGAAAAGAUGAAAAAGGAGCAGGCGGCGAACGAGGAGCGAAAGCUUUCCGAGGAUUCGAUCGAUCUGAUGGUAAGGGUGAAUUGGAUUUGCUUCAAAUAUAUCUAUAUUCAUGGUUUUUUUUCUUGGUGGAAAUUCUAGUUCACCCCUCUGAAGCACAUGGAGAAUCUACGCCGGCAGCUGAUCUACAACAUCUUUGUGCAGCACUUCAUUGAGAUGGCACACGUGUCACACGAUUUCCGCUCGCUCAAUCAAGCGCUGAUCUAUCUGAAACAGUCGGAACGUCUCUGUAGUUUGCUCUCCGACGAUCAGGGCGUCGAGGAAGCACGCAAAUUCCUGUCCAGCAUCUACAGCUUGCGCAACGAGAUUCAGAAGACCAUAAGCAACGCCAGCUACGGACCGGCACUGCCAAAGCGGCAGAAUUCCCAGAAUCAGGGAGGUCAACGCAAUCGGCUGAAGUCCCCCCGUCAAAACGGUGUACAUAGACGACCUUCGUACCGCAACGUGAGUCAUAAGUCAGCUUCACCGGAGGAUAGUCUGACGGCAUCGCCGGAGAAAGAGAGAAAAAGAGGUCCGACCAGACGCCAGCUGGCACCGGUUCAGGUUCACGCGGGUCCGUCAACUUCGAGGACCAUGAAUCGACUCUCGGAGGAGCAGGAGGAUAUCUCCCGACUGCUCGGCAAUAUUUCCAUUAACGCUUGA